AUGUUUCGUGCCUCGAAAGUGCUGAAGAUGCUCGUCGAUGAAUUUGGACUCAACUCUGAUAGCUCUGCUCCGACUCGACAAGAAGUAAAGCUGAAGGGUGUCUUCUCUCGUCUUCUCCACGAAGCCGAGUCAAUGCAAAUUGUCGUGGAGGAAGAAGAUGAAACAAUGGAAUGUGAACAAACAGACGACUUACCUGAUGAAUGGGACAGCGAUGAAGAUUGGCAACCGACUAUGCCCACCACUCCAAAUGCCUACACCAAUGGGUUGAGAAUCGGCGAUCGAAUUGUUGAGAAGACCCAAUUGGACAAGGCAUUGGAGUUCUACCGUGGGGCUACGACUGGUGUACGAACGCGGUCUUGUAUCCAUCCGGAACCAAUUCCGAUGGAUACAAGACCG